AUGAAGACCACAAACAAGGUCAGUCUCGCUUCCAAGGACACUAACAAAAAUUCACAAACCAACGCAAAACGACAAUCCACAUGUGCAGCAACAGUCAAAUCCAAGUGCAACUAUUGCAAGGGCGAGCAUCCCAUGUAUUACUGCAAGGAGUUUUUGGCACUGCCAAUCAAGCAAAGGGCGGUAGAGGUACGCAAUCGUAAACUUUGUGUCAACUGUCUCCGCUCUCCGAUGCAUUCAUUGGACAAAUGCACAUCUAGAGGUUGCAAAAUUUGCAAUGUCAAACAUAAUACGUUGUUGUAUACGAGCACCAGCUCGGCGGAGGAUCACUCCGGCACUUCCGGCACAGGGGAAUCAAGCUUACGAAAUUCCACGACAGCCGUAACGACACAUUCGUCGAACAUUCAAGGCAAAGAUCACAUCAUGCUUUCCACAGCUGUGGUCAAUGUCAUUGCCUCCGAUGGCACAUCACAUUCAUGUCAAGCUUUACUAGAUUCUGGAUCUCAAGAUGAUAGACUGCAUAGUAACAGAGCGGAUAACCGAGAAGUUUCCACUGGCUACUUCAAGGCGUGGAGACUACAACAUUCCUCGAAACCUCAGCUAGCGGCCCCCCAUUUCAACGUUUCCUCCAAGGUCGACACUUUGAUCGGAGCAGAAAUAUUUUGGGAGCUACUUUGCAUAGGACAAAUCGAGGCCACUCACAGCCAUCCAACUCUGCAAAAAACAAGAUUAGGAUGGAUUCUGGCUGGACGUCGCAGCAUCACAGCGGCGCCUGCAGAAAACGUGCGAGCAUUCACCACAGUCAUAUCCAAUGCUCAACUGCACGAUCAACUAACACGGUUCUGGCAAAUUGAACAUCUCGGCAAUCAAGUCGUGAACAACAAGGACGAUGCUUACUGCGAGGAGCAUUUCGAAGCUAACGUUGACCAGAACGAACAGGGUAGAUACAUAGUAGAACUUCCAAUCAAGGAAGAAUUAAUCGGCAACCUUGGCAACACAAGGGACAUCGCAUUGCGACGCUUACAAGGAACAGAGCGUCGGUUCAUACGAGAUCCCAACUUAAGGGACCAAUAUGUCCACUUCAUGGACGAAUAUUUGAAACUAGGACACAUGAAGGAAGUCAGCGUGUCUCCACUUGAGGAUACAGCAUCUUUCUACUUGCCUCAUCAUGGCGUCUUCAAGGGCGCUAAACAGUCAUCCAAGAUUCGUGUCGUUUUCGACGCUUCAAGUAAGAGCGACACAGGAUUAUCAUUAAACGACGUCUUGAGAGUUGGCCCAGUGGUGCAGCAAGAUUUGAUGUCAAUCGUGAUGCGAUUCCGCACCUUCGUUCACGCUUUGAUCGCAGACAUUAUAAAAAUGUACCGACAGGUGCUUAUACACCCUUCGCAAACAUCUCUUCAAAGAAUUUUGUGGCGCAGCGACUCCAAGGCGGACAUCAAGACAUACGAACUGAUGACAGUGACCUAUAGCACGUCAUCGGCUUCUUUUCUCACAACCAGGUGCAUUAAACAUCUAGCCGAUCAUCAUUCAUCCACGUUUCCCAUUGGAUCAGCGUGUAUAAGGCGCGACUUCUAUGUCGACGAUCUACUAACCGGUGCAGACACCAUCCAAGAAGCGGAGACUCUUCGAGAUGAAGCAAUCGAACUACUGAGGCUAGGCGCAUUUGAGCUUGGAAAAUGGGCUUCCAACACCCCAGAAUUGCUGGACGCAACACCCAAUAGAAAUGACAAACCCGUUGUCAUCGACGACGACGAAAGCGCUCACAUCUUGGGGAUCAAAUAG